UCUACUCCACUUUAAAAAAAAUUUUUACAUAUUUUGGCAAUGAUAUCAACUUAAAACCAAUCAUUUUGAAUACAUUCUUAGGGUUGAUAACAAUUUAAAACGAAUUUAAAGCUCAGUUUUAGUCAUCAAUUUCCCAAAGUUCCAUGUGUAAGAUACAUAUGUACUAUCUAGAUACGAUUUAAUUAAUGAGCUUGGCGGAUUUUACAUGUAUUUUAUUAUUAUAAGGUUUUUGUCAGUGAAUUAUUGUUGCACACGCAGUUUGCUUGCCUCGUAAAAUCAUCGCCUCGAUUUUCACUCCCGCCUAAAAGCAGUCAACGUCCAAUGCUCACUCAGAGCAGUUCGAUCGCAGUGGCGCUGCUGCUGCUGCUCCUGCUGGCGGCCACAGCGGACGCCGAUCUCGAGGCGGACUUGUCGUCCUCUUCCUCCGCCACUACACAGCCGCCGGGAGCCGAGCAACAACGACGCGUCGCAAAGCGGGCGCCCACCUCCAGCUUUAUAGGGAUGCGUGGCAAAAAGGACGAGGACCGGGACACCGCAGAGGGCAACUGGCUAGGAGCUGGAUCCGCACCCGAUCCGCUAGACUAUGCCGACGAGGAUGCGGAUAACUUCUACUCCGAGAACGGGCGGCGGCUAAAGAAGGCGCCGCUUGCCUUUGUGGGCGUGCGCGGCAAGAAGCUCAUCCCUAUUAGCGCCCGCCUUACCGACGUCUUGCAGCACCUGGAAGAGGAACGAUUGCGGGAGGGUCUGCUGCAGGACUUCCUCGACCGCCUGGUCACGGGCCAGGGCGAUGUAAACAAGCGGGCGCCCACAGGAUUCACAGGAAUGCGGGGCAAGCGUCCCUCAUUCCUGGCAAAUGACGAGAGCGGUGAAGGAGAGGCAGAGGAUGCCAUGGAGUUGCUCCAGAAACGGGCGCCAGUCAACUCCUUUGUGGGAGUGCGCGGCAAGAAGGAUGUGUCACAUCAGCACUACAAGCGGGCUGCUCUGUCAGAGUUCUGGCAUAAUUUCUUUAAAAAGUCCUACGACAUGAGGGGAAAGAAGCAACGCUUUGCCGACUUCAACAGCAAAUUCGUGGCGGUGCGCGGCAAGAAGAGUGAGCUGGAGGCGGACGGCAUGGGAAACGGGGAAAGCCAGCAGCAGUACCUGGUUCAUCCUUGGCUCUAUCUCUGGGGUGAUAAGCGGGCGCCCAACGGCUUCUUAGGCAUGCGUGGCAAACGUGAAGCCCUCUUGGAGUAGACUUUGCCCCAAAUUUAGUGGUCGUGAUGGAAGUUCCUCUUAGAGCUACGGAAAUAGGCAAAUCUAGACAGUAUGCAAGCAGGUGAUCGAUAGUUGGAGCAGAGACGGAAUCAGGAGGCGGACUACAAAGGGCGUUUCAAAUAAUCACUGGGCUGGAGAUUAUUUGAAACACCAAAACUACACACAACAAAUCCCACGACACAAUUUCAGCUUAAUGUAUAUUGGAGACUUGCUAAUUAUGUAAUGUAUAUUAAUUGGAAUUGAAUGAAACUUUAAUGAUUGAGUCGGUUCAAUUAAACUAUUUGCAUAUCUAAGUGUGAACUCUUAAUCAAAAUUAUAAACAACACUAAUAUAGAAGUAAUAGAAAUGCACAAGGAAAUGGACAAAAAAAAAAACGAGAAGAGGAAACAUUUAUUUAUUUUCAAGAAGUAUAUUUAAUGAACACCUUUCGUUGUGGUACAUCUACGUAUACAAGAGAUAUAUAUACACAUACAUAAAUAGCACAAGUGAAUAUUGUAAAUAAUGUAUGGUAAAAAAUGAAUAAAUAAUUAUUUCACAAGUGAAAUCCCAGAAUUAAA